AUGAUUUCAAAAAACAACUCCAGCUGUUCGAAACAAACGAAGUUUAAUCUGGUCCAAGUGAAAGGAGCAUGGAAUCGACAAACUGAGCAAAGCCAAGCGGCGGAGGGAAAGUUAUCAGACGCCAAAAUCUAUGAGAGCAAGUCAGAACAUGGAGUUUCCUGGACAGUGUCCAGCCCCAUCGUGUUUACCUACACAGUCAUUCAGUGCAGAAACAUACUGGAUCCCAGCAAUGACACUCUACUCUGGGGUCACAUAGGAGAUGAAGAACUUAAAGGCAUCUUAAUUAACUCCAAACCGCCGAAGCGUUUCGUUGUCAUCGACGAAACUGUCAAUCAGCUCUAUGGCUCCCGGGUCGCUCAGUACUUUGAGGCCAGACGAGUCGUUCACAAGAUUGUCCCUCUGCCCACCACCGAGGAGAACAAGAGUAUGGAGUUAGUGACCAAGAUCCUGGAGGAAGUUCAUGGGUUUGGUAUUGACAGACGCUCUGAGCCGAUCAUAGCCAUCGGAGGUGGGGUUUGUCUGGACGUAGUGGGUCUGGCUGCAUCUCUCUACCGUCGAAGAACUCCCUACAUUCGAGUGCCGACCACUGUGCUGUCGUACAUUGAUGCCAGCGUGGGGGCGAAAACAGGGGUCAACUUCGCAGGAGGUAAAAACAAGCUGGGGAGUUACAUCCCACCGGUGGCCACGUUCUUAGACUGCUCUUUCUUCCAAACUCUCCCACGACGUCAGAUCUCUAAUGGGAUGGCAGAGAUGUUAAAGAUGGCCCUGAUGAAGCACAUCGGCCUAUUUGAGCUGCUGGAGGCCGACGGCAGGAGGCUGCUGAACAGCAAGCUGCAGUCCUGCGACACCAGCAAGAGUUCUGCACAGGAAGACAGUGCUAUAGCGUCUGUCCGCAUCGCUAUAGAAACCAUGCUGGAGGAACUGGCUCCUAACUUGUGGGAGGAUGAUCUGGACAGACUGGUGGAUUUUGGUCACCUCAUCAGCCCUGAGCUAGAAAUGAGAGUGUUGCCAGCGUUGCUCCACGGGGAGGCGGUGAACAUCGACAUGUCCUUCAUGGUGUACGUGGCCCACCAAAAGGGGCUUGUGACAGCAGACGAGAAGAACCGAAUCAUACGGUGCAUGCUGGGUCUGGAUCUGCCUGUGUGGCACCAGGACUGUACUCUGGCUCUGAUACAGAAAUCUCUCAGGGAGCGUUUGAAGCACUCUGCCGGCUCUCUGAGGAUGCCUCUCCCCACAGGACUGGGACGUGCAGAAAUCUUCCAUGACAUGAUUGAAGAUAAUAUCCUUUGCCAAGCUUAUGAAAAAUGGACCGAUGAGCUUUCUUCUGGGAACAAAUGA